AAAAUCUCAAUGUUUAUUCUCUGCAGCGGGCGGAAAAGCCAUGUGCAGACGACUUUCAUUCUUAUCAGUAUAUUGCACUGUUCUAAAAUACACAAUCUUGUGGUUUUCCUACAACGCUAAUUUUGACGUAAUUCCAACUUUUGAGGGAUAAAACCAACUUCCUUUUGGAGAAUUCUAAAUAUAUUUUGAAUUUUAAAUAAGGUUAAAACACGUAAUUCCAAAAAUUUAUUACGAUUAAUAAUUUAUUUUUAGAACGAAUUUCUACUUGAAGUAUGAUAUUUAAAGGAAGUGGUUGUCAUUUUGUGGUCAUGGCUCCGUUUAACAGCUAUAAAUGCUAACACUCUCAGUUUACAUUUUCCUUGUGAGCAGCACUUACAUUAAAAUAGAGAAAUUUCAAGUUUACUGCUGCUUCCAUUUUUUCCUCACGAAGGUAUUUCUAUUUCUAUAUCAGAGAGUAUUCCAUGUGCAAGGAAAAUGUCGGUAUUGCGGCUACUUUGGCUCGUCUGUUUUUGCUCGGUGGUUGCACUUGCAAGACCCCCAAUUUUCGACCACUACUAUAGAAAGUUGUCUCAAAACCAAGGCCACAUCAACAAUCAAGAAGCGAAAUAUCGAGAGAUGGAUUCUGCCAUUAAACAAUUGCAGUACAAGUAUGAUUUCUUGUUGACCGUGAUUAGGAAGCUCUCACAAGAACAGGAGGUGUUAAAUAGAGAGUUGGAAGAACAGCGCCAGUCAAAACGAUGGGUUGAAGCAACGCUGGCAAACGGAAAAAGCUACAGAUUUUCCCUCGAAAAAAAAACGUGGCAAGAGGCAAAGGAAAGCUGCGAGAAGAACGGUAUGCGCUUGGCAAGCCCGAAAACUCAGAGAGAAGUCACUAUCCUGCACCAAAAACUGAAGGAAUUGGAGCCAGAAUCUGGAUUUUGGCUCUCGGCAUCGGACGUGGGACUGACGAAUACCGAUUUUCAGUGGCUGGACGGCGAAAAGUUGCCCCUCGACAGUUCUUUGUGGGAGAAGGAGAGGCUGAACGCCCCUCUUAAUUACGGCAAGACCGCAAAAUCCUGCGUUUUUAUCAGGAAAAUACUAGACGAUAAACUGUAUGAAGAAAAAUGCUCCGACUACACCAAUUUCAUUUGUGAAUAACUUAAUUAUGCACAUCUUAAUUCACAAUUCUUAUUUAAAAAAAAUUCUGAUUUUAAUUUGUUUAUUUUCUUGGAUUUUUUACAUUUCAUUGCACCUCUUUUAAAAUGAAAUAUAUGAUAUGAAUAAAGCAUUUGAUUAAAA